ACAAAGCAGUUUAAUCUCUUCUACUCUGAACCAUACAUAAGGGUGUUUUCUAGUUACAGUUGUUGAUGGCCAACUACUGCCAUGUAGCAUGUCUAGCCACCCUCAAUACAGAGAGGCAAAGACACUGUCCAUCAUGGUUUGUGUUUAUUACCUUAACUUCAGACAUUGCUAUAAAAUCACAUUUCAUAUCUUUGUUCCUUGCAUGCCAUGACAUUCUGCACCAUUACAAUUAUAUCAGAAAUUGUUGCUCACUCAGCAAGAUUUCACUUUUUCCCCUUUCCUAAAGUAUUGUUCAGGUUGAAUAUCUUUGAGUACCUUUGGUUUCUGUACUGAAAGAAAUAUGCAAUAUAAUAAAAUCUCCAGUGCUUUUUCUCCACAUUCUGGAUCCAGUCUCUAGGAAAGCUGUGUACUUUUGCAUAGAAAUAAAACUAUUUCCUAAGCCCCAGUUCCAGGAUCUUUAAGAAAGAUUUAACUGAGUUUGUUUUUGUUUUGUUGGGGUUUUUCUGCUUGUUUGUUUUUGUGGUGUUUUUUAAAUCACAUUUCUAAGCAGUCAGAAUUUAAAAGAAAAAUAAUAGCAGACUGUCAGUCUGUUCUGCUCAAUGACAUGACCAUAUAGGUUAAAAAACUGUACUGGUAAGCGUUCUUUUCACUCUCUUGUUUCCUUUCUUUGAAUUAAUUUUGAAUAUAGCACCUAAGGAAGUUACCAUAGCCUAUACAGGGUGAUAUCUUCCUUGGAAAAUGACUGAUGUCUAUGUUAAUAAAGCCAGAGUGCUGUUAUCUCUCCAAAGGCACAUGGACUGUUGUCCUGAGUCAUACUGAAGUAGCAUCUUAGUCUCCUUUAACAGGAACAUUCUGCAGCUUGCAAUGGAAUCGAUGUUCUGACAGGAGUCAGUCAAACAGAUCAAACUUCGAGUUGCUGUUCUGGGGGACAUGUUAGCAUGGGGGUGCUGUACUGAGACUGGUUGUCACAGACCAAAUUGGAUUGAGCCUGGCCAGACUCAAAGGGCACAGGAAGCCAGAGUCUGUCUGCACACACUGCUUGAGCUGCUUCAUUCUGUAGCAUGUUCAUAGUCUCCUCCAUGUCUCAAAAACAGCAUGAAAUCAAGCACAACAAAUGUUUUGCCUGGAAUUUCAACAAGUAGGCAACAGAGUGGAGGAGUCAACUGGAAAGGAAAUGGGAGAUAAUGAACAGGAGGAUGACUUGUAGAUGCCCUUGGAAAUGAAGGCAUGAUGAAAUCCCACAAGGCUGUUUUGAGAGGAUGAGGUGAAGAGGGAGAAAGGGCAAUAAAAAAUGGCCAAGCAAACAGCCGUGACGAUUACUUUGGCGACCCUGCUGGGUGUUGCACUGGGGGGCCUGGUUUUGUGGAAAGCGACCCAGCAUCGGAAAGGAAAAACACGCUGUAGCAAUCAGCAAGAGGAAGCAGCAGCAAAGUCAGGAGAUGAGAAACUCAUUAAAGCAGAGGAUAAGAAGGUGCUUUCCUUCUUCAGAUCUCCCACCUUUUGCUGGAUAGAGAGGACCCUUGGUGCAGACAUAGUGAUAGUUUCAGAGCAGGAGGAGUGGGAUCAUGCUGAACCAUUGCUGAAGAAGGAGCUGGAGAAGUGGCCGGUUCUUGGAAUCGAUUGUGAAUGGGUAUCUGUGGAGGGAAAAGCAAAUCCUGUAUCCCUGUUGCAGAUGGCUUCUUCCAGUGGCCUCUGCAUUCUUGUUCGGUUGCCCAGGCUUGUUGCCGGUGGCCAGACUCUUCCAAAGACCCUGGUGGACAUCAUGGCAGAUAGUGCCGUGUUGAAAGUUGGGGUAGGAUGCUGGGAAGAUGCUUGCAAAUUGCUUCAUGAUUAUGGUCUUCCAGUCAAAGGGAGCAUGGAUCUCCGGUAUUUGGCCAUGAGACAGCGGAAGGAUCUACUUCACAACUGCCUUAGCCUUAAGUCUUUAGCUGAAAAAGUCCUGAACUUCCCACUUGACAAAUCUCCUCAUGUGCGUUGCAGCAACUGGGAAGCAGAAGAACUGACACCAGAUCAGGUUCUCUAUGCUGCUAGGGAUGCCCAGGUCUCAAUGGCUCUGUUCUUCCGUUUGCUGGGGUUUACCAGCCUCCCUGCUACAUCUGAAGGUGAAAACUCUGUCACUGCUUGGGAGAAAGCCCGGAGUAAAUGCCAGGGCUUGGUGGAUAUCCCAUUUAGAGGAAGAAAGAGUGGCAGCACAGGAGAGGAGAAGAGUGGAGAGGGACGUUCCCCUCAGAAAACAAAGAAUCGGAAGUCCUGCAUGAACGGCCAGCCCUCUGGCAAUCAGCAAAUGAGAGAUCCGCGGAGGCAGAAGCGAAAGCCUCUGGGUGUGGGAUAUUCUGCAAGAAAAUCUCCACUGUAUGACAACUGCUUCCUGCAUGCACCAGAUGGACAGCCCCUGUGCACUUGUGAUCGCAAGAAGGCUCAGUGGUAUUUGGACAAGGGGAUUGGAGAGCUAGUUAGCACAGACCCUUUUGUUGUGAAGCUGCGUUUUGAGCCUUCAGGACGUCCCGAGUCCCAGGUUGAUUAUUAUCUGACAGUCAAAGAAAACCUCUGUGUUGUGUGUGGCAAGCGAGAAUCCUAUAUCCGGAAGAAUGUUGUUCCUCACGAAUACCGAAGACACUUCCCCAUCCAGAUGAAGGACCACAACUCACACGAUGUGCUCCUCCUCUGCACGUCCUGCCACGCCAUCUCCAAUUACUAUGACAACCACCUGAAGCAGCAGCUGGCCCAGGAGUUCGGGGCUCCCAUCGGCUCCGAGGAAGGCGUGCGGCUCCUGGAGGACCCUCUGCGCAGGCAAGUGCGCUCGGGGGCGCGCGCCCUGCUGCAUGCAGACAGCCUGCCUGGGCCCCGCAGGGCAGAGCUGCUGCGAGGCAUCAAGGACUUCUAUAGCACAGACACAGUCACUCCAGAGAUGCUCCAGGCAGCAGCUGAUCUGGAAACCAGGAUCUGCAAUGAGAGCUACGUGCCACACGGACUGAAGGUGGUGCAGUGUUGUGCUAAAGGAGGCCUGCGCUCUCUCAUGCAGCUGGAAAGACGCUGGCGGCAGCAUUUCUUGGACAGCAUGAAGCCCAAACACCUCCCAGAGCAAUGGUCAGUGGACCAUAACCAUGUGAAGUUGAUCCAAAAGUAUGGGGAGGAUCUUCAGAUCAAGCUGUCAUGAAACUAACUUCCUGGACUCUGGACAGUGUCUAACGGACAUGUGUAACUGAAGAUGGAAAGACUGUUUUUAUUUCUACAUCUCCACUAACACCUGGGGCCUGGGUUUGCAAAAAGGCAGCAGUAGAUCUGCCAGAUUUGCCAGUUAAAAUUAAAUUUGGUGGUUUGUAGAGUUAAAUCUUUGAA